CAUGCCGGAUACUCGAGUACUAUUGUUUAUACGAGAAAGUUAACCAAAAACUCGCUUGCAAAAAUACGUUGCGUUGUCGUCAAUGCUUUCAGGUUUGCACCUAAAAUUGAGCUCUUAUGCCAAAUAUCUGUCAAACCCACGGGCCCGUGGUCUGCAAUUAGCCCCACUAUGCGAUCUUUGGAAUGGCGUCGCUGCCAUAUUUUGCUGGUGAUUUAUCUACUUCUGUACUUACGGGAGGUUCACGCACAAAACUCAAUCAAACCACGCCGAACCAAGGCAGAGCAAGUGUUGUCCUGUCCAGAUGUGAGCAGCCAGCCUGAGUCCCCUUGCCACUUGUCAUGCACACAAGAUGAUCAUUGCCAGAAUCAUGGUGAGAUGUGGUGCUGUCCAUCCGCUCAGGGAAGUCCUUGCCGUGCGGAGUGUAUGUUGCCUGUGGAAUCUCAUAGUAUAAAUGGUGUGUGCUUUGACUUUGAAAGGGGAGUGCAGUACAGCCAAGGGGAUGUUUUCAUGCAAGGGAAGAAAUGCUGCAAAUGUCAAGAGGGUGGUCACAUCAACUGCCGCAAGCUGAAGACAUGUGUAUCUGGAUGUUACUAUGGUGGUGCCUAUUACAAUGAUGGUGAAGCUAUGCCAAAGACUGCCUGUCGUAACUGCUCCUGCCACAAUGGAGAAGUUUUGUGUUCCUGGAAUACAAACUGCACACAAGAAAAGUGCAAGUUUAAGGGAAAAGUGUACAAGCUGGAAGAUAUGGUUUCUAUAAAUGGCUGCAAACAGUGUGUUUGUCAUUAUACUGGAUGGCACUGCACAGAGUUGACUUGCCAAGAAUCACGGAUGCGAUCAAAGGCAGAGGGAGUUAUUUGGCAGCCUUGUCUACUUUCCCUUGUUUUUUUAGUACAAUAUCUUCUGCAAUGCAGAUUUCCCCAGUCCCUUGGCACUUCGUUAAAUCAAGAUUCGACUGAAUAAUUUUUGUUUAAAUCGUCGCCUUUAUUAUAACUUGUAUAUAUGUAAAUAGGUGUAUAUAUACUCACUGGAGUAAUAUGGUUUAAUAUAAAAAGUGUGGAAAAACUUAUGUUGUGUGGAAAAACUUGGCUGGUUGAAAAUAAAAUCAUUUUUUACUUG